AUGCCUAGAAAGACCACUACAUCGGGCCAAGCAAAGGCACCUCGAGCACACGCCGUGUCCCGCCCAAUCUCGCGCCCUUCCGUCACCUUCCAGAGCAUCACUCCUGACGACGACAACAUCGACGAGAUACAAAACGAUGACAAUGCCGGAGAUGACGGUAAUGUAGCAGACGAAGACAUGAUCGAAAUGUUCACUAUGCUGAAGGAAUUCCAGCGCCGCAAGUCUCUCAAGUCAUCCACACGCUCCACCGCCUUCCAGAGUAAGAAGACCGCAAUGUUCAACGAAGCACGCAAGAAUGCAGAGGCAAUCGUGCGCGACGGUAUCACAUACCUCGACGAGUGCAGGGCGAAGUUCGCGGAGUUACAGGCGCAGCAGACCUCGCAGGACGGCCGGCUCAGGGACCUCUCGUUGUUGUGGAAAACCAACGACGAAGCCAUCCGCGCUCUUCUUGGGGCUUAUCCCCCUCUGAUCGAGGACCUGUCGCACCGCAGAGCCGCGCACGUCAAUGACACCAGCGCCAUGCUGGAAGCGCAUUCGGCUGAGCGCCAGGCCUCCCGCCGCAGAUUGCUCAAGAACGCGACGGCGCGGAUGGAGGAGAAUCUGGAGAACCAGAAGAUUGCAACCGAUGCUAAUGCUCUGAUCAAACAAUACACUGGUUUGCUGUUGUCUUGA